AUGGCGCAGUGGGAGAACACAUCCACCUGCGGUCUGUGCAACAGGAUAUUUUCAGUAACAUUUCUGGUGCAUCUCUGCCUCCUCUCGGCUCUCCACUAUGAAGAUGUUGGCUCUGGGAUAUUACAUACUGGCUCUGCUGGCACUGGCAAUGGCUCAAGGGAACACUACAUCUGCUGCUACCAAUGGAACAACGACCACAAGUGGUAUGACCACCAAAACGCCAGCUACUACCACCAUUUCCCUAAACACCACGUCAACUGUUGCCCCAACAACCACUACAACUUUCGCCCCAAGCAUCGCUACAAGUGGUGUGACCACCAAAAAGCCAGCGACUACCACCAUUUACCUAAACACCACGUCAACUGUUGCCCCAACAACCACUACAACUGUCGCCCCAAGCAUCGCUACAAGUGGUGUGACCACCAAAACGCCAGCGACUACCACCAUUUCCCUAACCACCACAUCAACUGUUGCCCCAACAACCACUACAACUGUCGCCCCAAGCAUCGCUACAAGUGGUAUGACCACCAAAACGCCAGCUACUACCACCAUUUCCCUAAACACCACGUCAACUGUUGCCCCAACAACCACUACAACUGUCCCCCCAAGCAUCGCUACAAGUGGUGUGACCACCAAAACGCCAGCGACUACCACCAUUUCUCUAAACACCACGUCAACUGUUGCCCCAACAACCACUACAACUGUCGCCCCAAGCAUCGCUACAAGUGGUGUGACCACCAAAACGCCAGCGACUACCACCAUUUCCCUAACCACCACAUCAACUGUCGCCCCAAAUAUUACUACAAGUGGUAUGACCACCACAACGCCAGCAACUAAAACCACUUCGCUAGCCACCACUACAUCUAUGUCUCAGACAACCACUACGAAACCUAUCACCCCAAUAAUGACGACAAUGACAACGUCAACCACCAAAACUACCACCAUACACAGUGGAGGCUCAGAAGUCAAAGCUUCUUUGCUGUUUUCUGUUGCGCCAUUGUUGCUCUACACGCUCUGCUGCUGACCUGCAAAACUCGCCUACAGUAAUAAAUGACUCUUGUUCUUCAA